CCUCUCCUGUUGCUUCAUGGUCUUUUUGGAAAGGGCCGCAAUUGGACGUCGUUGGCAAAGUCGUUCGCGCGGGUCCUGCACAGACCGGUAUAUACAGUCGACCUCCGAAACCAUGGGAGUUCUCCGCAUAGCGAUAUCAUGACCUACGAUGCCAUGGCCGCCGAUGUCCUGCACCUGUGUGACAAACAUUCCCUCUCCAAUAUCUCCCUUUUAGGGCAUUCCAUGGGUGGGAAAGUGGCCAUGACAGUAGCGCUUUCUUCCUCCCUUCCUUCAGACUUGAUCAAGAGCCUCAUCGUCGCUGAUAUUGCACCAUCUCGUGGAAGACUAUCUCCCGACUUUGAGAUGUAUCUUCAAGCCAUGCACAAGAUUGAAGAUGCGAAGCUGAAGACACGUAAAGAGGCAGAUCAUAUGCUUCAUGAGUUUGUCAAGGAGACACCGAUUCGACAGUUCCUCCUAACGAACCUAGAUGCUCAUAGUCACCCCCUCAAGUUCUCUAUUCCACUCAAAAUCAUCAGCGAGUCCAUAACUAAUAUCGGAGAUUUCCCUCAUCAUCCUGAUGACGGCGCGCUAUACUAUGGGAGGACUUUGUUUAUCAAAGGUGAAAAGAGUCGGUACAUCAACGAAAAGAAUGUUCAGCAUGCCUACGCAAUGUUUCCUGACAUGGAGAUCAAGACGCUGCACACGGGACACUGGGGUAAGUUAGCAUCCCCCUGCGUGCAGUCAUGA